UGUGAAAUAGUUCAGUUGCUGUUGUGCAUCCUUUUCUUCUGCAUGUAUUUUUUUUUCUCACAGUCGCAAACACAGGAUAGAUUAGUGGAUGAAGUGGGACUAUGAUUCUAAUUGGUAACGUUGCUACGGAACUAUUUAACUAACUGCUCUAACUUCACUCACCAACCAAGUGUUGAAAAAUCAACUUGUGCAAAAAGCUCAACUUGUAUCUGGAUCAAUUUACUUCAAUAACAAAGAGGAAGUAGUUCCAAAAAUGACUGUUAAGUACCAAACAUCUACAGAGACGACAAUGGAUAUGGAUGACGGCAAUGGCGGAUACAAGCGUCUUUUGGUGGAUGGCAGUAAGCUUAAAUUGUCAGUUUAUGCAUUGAGAAACAGCCCUUUUAGGGCUGCUACGCUUUUCCUUGGGCUGCUGUGCAUUAUCCUGUUGGUUGGAGUCAUAGGUCAAUCUGUCCACCACUGGAAAGUGGAUAAAGACAAUCAGAAGACGUUAGACGCUGCUCGAGGGGAGAAAGACAGCCUACAGUCCAACCUGAAGAGUGUACAGAAUGAGAAGAGGAAUCUUGAAGUCAACCAUGAUCAUUUACAACAAAGUUACAACUACAUAUCUAAAUCGACAACCCAAAUACAAACCAACAACAACUUACUAACAGCUGAAGCAAACCAACUUAAACAAAGUCAAAGCAAGUUGCAAGCCAGUAACGCUGCUCUUAACAAAGAACUUGAGCAGCUGAAGGCCAGUAAAGAGCAGUUGCAGACUAAUAACGAUGCCUUGUCGACCGCCAAAGACUUACUACAAACUCAGUAUGAAUCAUUAGGCAAGCGCAAGAAUGUAUUACAGGCCAACUAUGACUCUGUGAUUAAAGAGAGGGACAAUUUGCAAAACAAAUUCAACAAUGCCACAAGGUCAAAAGAGAAGCAGCAAAUGAGUUACAACAGCCUAAUCAAGGAUAUUGAACACCUACAGGAGCGAUACAACGCCUCCUCCAGUGAGAGGGACAACAUUGCAAGCAGUCACCAAAAUCUAACGUUGGAAAAAGAAAAUCUACAGGCUACAUACACCACACUCGCCAAAGCCACUGACGAAUUACUGGCCUCCUACAAUUCUGCAAUUGAAGAGAAAAAAUAUCUUGAAAGCUGUUUGAAAAAUGUGACUGAAGAGAGAGACCUGCAGAGGAUGGAAAUCAGCAAUAUGAGUGCUGAGGUAGACCAGCUUCGGGCUGAAGUCACAAGACUGAACGCAACGGUAAUAGACAAGGUCUGUCCAAGUGGCUGGAAGAAGUUUGGAAAGAGCUGCUACUUUGUUUCUUCAUCCAAGAAGACAUGGUACCUGAGUAGAAACAACUGUCAAGGAAAUGGAGCAGACCUGGUAAUCAUCAACAGCAAUGAGGAAAUGCAAUAUAUUAAUGGGUUGUUUUCAAAUAACAAAGAGGUCUGGAUGGGACUGACUGAUGAGGGAGUCGAAGGUCAGUGGAAGUGGGUGGAUGGAACCCCACUGACCCUAAAGUUUUGGGCUGAUGGCCAGCCGAACAGUUACAAUGGCAACCAGGACUGUGGGGAGUUUUGGCACCGUUCUCACGGAAUGGCCGAAUGGAAUGAUGAAAAAUGUAGUUCAAUGAGGUAUUGGGUGUGUGAGAUGUAGAUGCGUUAAUAAAUAAUAUUUACCACUUUUUGAAUGCUUGAGCUUGAGUGGAAUAAUAGGUACAUUUGUAAAACGUAUACAGUACCUAAGGAGCGGGCCUUAAAAGGAAAGUACAGUACCUAAAGGCUUUUGCCCCUUAAACACUUAAUUCAUAGAAAAUACUACAUGUUAUGGAAGUAAAUUUAAAUAAUCCUGUCUUUUGUUGCUUCAGAUUUCCUUGUUUUUCUUUCUUUCUGUCAAUCGUGGAUGUAUACAUUUACAAUGACUUGAUUAUGAAUGAUAAGAUGCUGGAGUAUGGAUUUUCUUUCAUCGAAUACAUGAAAAUGCAUAAACAAUCUGCAUGAACAAAUAAAUAACAACAACUAUCAUCAAA